CGUGAUACAUACGACGGAGAGCCAACUGUGUUGACGCAACGGCUCUCCAUUUCGCUCGGAUGUGUGUAUUGCAUUACCGUCCACUUUGACCUUAAUGUCUCGGUAAAACUUCCUGGGAUUUAAGCUAGUUUUUUCUUAGGUUAGCUUGUUCCUCUACAUACUAUUUUGUUUGAUUGACCGUCACUUUCUUCUCGUUAUCUGCUGAAAGACGGUGAAGGAGGACUUCAUGACACACAGGAGGGAGCAGUGAUUGGACCUAUCAGUGUUUUCUCCAUCCGGCGGAUGAGUCCCCAGCUCAGCCCACAGCAGUGAUUGGGCUAGGUGCCAGAUAGGGAGCUGUAGCAGGGGGGUGAUCAUGGCGGACGUGGACCCAGACACCUUGCUGGAGUGGCUCCAGAUGGGCCAGGGAGAUGAGAGGGACAUGCAGCUGAUCGCACUGGAGCAGCUCUGCAUGCUGCUGCUCAUGUCUGACAAUGUGGACCGCUGCUUCGAGACGUGUCCCCCACGCACCUUCCUCCCAGCCCUGUGUAAGAUCUUCCUGGACGAGAGCGCCCCGGACAACGUGCUGGAGGUGACGGCCCGCGCCAUCACAUACUACCUGGACGUGUCGGCUGAGUGCACCCGCAGGAUCGUUGGCGUGGACGGGGCUAUCAAGGCACUGUGUAACCGCCUGGUGGUGGUGGAGCUCAACAAUAGGACCAGCAGAGACCUGGCAGAGCAGUGUGUCAAGGUGCUGGAGCUGAUCUGUACCAGGGAGUCUGGAGCAGUGUUUGAGGCUGGGGGUCUGAACUGUGUGCUUAGCUUCAUCCGGGACAGCGGUCAUCUGGUCCAUAAGGACACCCUGCACUCUGCCAUGGCUGUGGUGUCUCGCCUGUGCAGCAAGAUGGAGCCCCAGGACUCCUCUCUGGAGACCUGCGUGGAGUCCCUCUCCAGCCUGCUCAAACACGAGGACCACCAGGUGUCUGACGGUGCCCUGCGCUGCUUUGCCUCUCUGGCGGACCGCUUCACCCGUCGAGGGGUGGACCCGGCGCCUCUGGCCAAGCAUGGGCUGACAGAGGAGCUGCUGUCCCGGAUGGCAGCCGCAGGAGGCACGGUCUCCGGCCCCUCCUCCACCAGUAAGCCAGGCCGGACCUCCACUGGGGCCCAACCCACCGUUGCUGAUUCCAAGCUCAGCAACCAGGUGUCCACCAUCGUCAGCCUGCUGUCCACGCUGUGCAGAGGUUCUCCCCUCGUCACCCAUGAUCUUCUGCGCUCUGCGCUGCCUGACUCCAUGGAGAGUGCCCUGCAGGGGGAUGAACGCUGUGUCCUGGACACCAUGCGUCUGGUGGACCUGCUGCUGGUGCUGCUGUUUGAGGGCCGCAAGGCUCUGCCCAAAUCCACCGCUGGAUCCACAGGACGCAUCCCGGGCCUGCGACGGCUGGACAGCUCCGGGGAGCGCUCCCACCGACAGCUCAUCGACUGUAUCCGCAGCAAAGACACAGACGCACUCAUCGACGCAAUCGACACCGGAGCUUUUGAAGUGAAUUUCAUGGAUGACGUCGGGCAGACUCUUUUGAACUGGGCCUCUGCGUUUGGCACGCAGGAAAUGGUUGAGUUCCUGUGUGAGAGAGGUGCUGAUGUCAACAGAGGUCAGAGGUCCUCCUCCCUCCAUUACGCUGCCUGUUUCGGACGGCCUCAAGUAGCAAAGACUCUACUGCGACAUGGAGCCAACCCUGACCUCCGAGAUGAAGAUGGGAAAACUCCCCUGGAUAAAGCCAGGGAGCGUGGCCACAGUGAGGUUGUAGCCAUCCUCCAGUCUCCUGGAGACUGGAUGUGCCCCGUUAACAAAGGAGAGGACAAGAAGAAGAAGGAUGUGAACAAGGAGGAGGAGGGAGGCAGCGAACCCAAAGGAGACCCUGAGAUGGCCCCCAUCUACCUGAAGAGGCUGCUACCAGUAUUUGCACAAACCUUUCAGCAAACCAUGCUACCUUCUAUUAGGAAAGCCAGCCUGGCGCUGAUCAGGAAGAUGAUCCACUACAGCUGUGAAGUGCUGCUGAAGGAGGUGUGUGACUCUGACGCCGGCCACAACCUGCCCACCGUGCUAGUGGAGAUCACGGCCACCGUGCUGGAUCAGGAGGAUGAUGAUGACGGUCACCUGCUGGCCCUGCAGAUCAUCAGAGACCUGGUGGACAAGGGAGGAGACGUCUUCCUGGACCAGCUGGCUAGACUGGGAGUCAUCAACAAGGUGUCCACUCUGGCUGGACCCACCUCAGACGACGAGAACGAGGAGGUGUCCAAACCAGAGAAGGAGGACGAGCCCCAGGAGGAAGCCAAAGAGGUGCAGCAGGGGAAGCCCUACCACUGGCGUGACUGGUCCGUCAUCAGGGGGAGGGACUGCCUGUAUAUCUGGAGUGACGCUGCAGCCCUGGAGCUUUCCAACGGCUCCAACGGCUGGUUCCGCUUCAUCCUGGACGGCAAGCUGGCCACCAUGUACUCCAGCGGAAGCCCAGAGGGAGGCUCUGACAGCUCAGAGAGUCGUAGUGAGUUUCUGGAGAAGCUGCAGCGUGCCCGGAGCCAGGUGAAGCCUGUGACAGCCAGCCAGCCCAUCCUGUCUGCCCUGGGUCCCACCAAGCUUACGGUGGGGAACUGGUCCCUGACCUGCCUGAAGGAGGGAGAGAUCGCCAUCCACAACUCUGACGGACAGCAGGCCACCAUCCUCAAGGAGGACCUGCCCGGCUUUGUGUUCGAGUCCAAUAGGGGCACCAAGCAUUCCUUCACCGCUGAAACGUCACUAGGGUCAGAGUUUGUGACUGGCUGGACUGGAAAGAGAGGAAGGAAGCUCAAAUCCAAAUUGGAGAAAACAAAACAAAAGGUGAAGAGCGUGGCCAGAGACCUGUAUGACGACCAUUUCAAGGCGGUCGAGAGUAUGCCCAGGGGGGUGGUGGUCACCCUGAGGAACAUCGCCACCCAGCUGGAGUCUGCUUGGGAGCUGCAUACCAACAGACAGCAGUGUAUCGAGGGAGAGAACACAUGGAGAGACCUGAUGAAAACGGCUCUGGAAAACUUGAUUGUGGUUCUCAAGGAUGAAAACACCAUCUCCCCAUAUGAAAUGUGCAGCAGUGGCCUCGUGCAAGCACUUUUUACAGUGCUUAAUAAUAGUGUGGAACUUGACAUGAAACAUGAUUGUAAACCAUUAAUGGAAAGGAUAAAUGUAUUUAAAACCGCAUUCAGUGAAAACGAAGAUGAUGAAAGCCGACCCGCAGUUGCCUUAAUCCGCAAACUACUAGCAGUCCUGGAGUCCAUUGAGAGGCUACCUCUGCACCUGUAUGACACCCCAGGCUCCACCUAUAACCUGCAGAUUCUGACGAGGCGGUUGCGUUUCCGUCUGGAGCGUGCCCCUGGGGAGACGGCACUGAUCGACCGUACAGGGCGCAUGUUGAAGAUGGAGCCCCUGGCCACCGUGGAGUCUCUGGAGCAAUACCUCCUCAAGAUGGUGGCCAAGCAGUGGUACGACUUUGACAGAUCCUCCUUCAUCUUCGUCAGGAAGCUGAGAGAGGGACAAACCUUCACAUUCAGACACCAGCAUGACUUUGACGAGAACGGAAUAGUCUACUGGAUUGGCACCAAUGCAAAGACUGCCUAUGAGUGGGUGAACCCAGCAGCCUAUGGCCUGGUGGUCGUGACCUCCUCUGAGGGUCGUAACCUGCCCUACGGCCGACUGGAGGACAUCCUGAGUCGGGACAGCUCUGCCCUCAACUGCCACACCAACGACGAUAAGAACGCCUGGUUCGCCAUCGACCUGGGCCUGUGGGUCAUCCCCUCGGCCUACACCCUGCGCCAUGCCCGCGGCUACGGCCGCUCCGCCCUCAGGAACUGGGUGUUCCAGGUGUCCAAAGACGGCCAGAACUGGAUGAGUCUGUACACCCACGUGGAUGACUGCAGCCUCAACGAGCCAGGGUCCACAGCCACCUGGCCUCUGGACCCUUCCAAAGAGGAGAAGCAGGGCUGGAGACACAUCCGCAUCAAGCAGAUGGGGAAGAAUGCCAGUGGGCAGACCCACUACCUGUCUCUGUCAGGCCUGGAGAUCUACGGCACCGUAAGCGGCGUGUGUGAGGACCAGCUAGGUAAAGCAGUGAAGGAAGCGGAGGCCAAUCUACGCAGGCAGAGGCGUCUGUUCCGCUCCCAGGUGAUGAAGUACAUAGUGCCCGGGGCGCGCGUGGUGCGGGGCAUCGACUGGAAGUGGAGAGACCAGGAUGGCAACCCAGCAGGAGAGGGUACGGUGACGGGGGAGGCCCAUAACGGCUGGAUUGAUGUCACCUGGGAUGCUGGUGGCUCAAACUCAUACCGUAUGGGUGCUGAAGGAAAAUUUGACCUCAAGCUUGCGCCAGGGUACGACCCUGAGUCUGCGCCGUCACCCAAACCUGUCUCAUCCACUGUUUCAGGCACAGCGCAGUCCUGGAGCAGCCUGGUGAAAAAUAACUGUCCGGACAAGGGUGGCUCCUCCUCGGCUGCAGGGGCCAGCUCUUCAAGCCGGAAGGGCAGUAGCAGCUCGGUGUGUAGCGUGGCCAGCAGCAGCGAUAUCAGUCUCAGCUCCACCAAGAUAGAACGCCGGGCCGAGAGCCUGCUGGAGCAAGGGGGGGUACUAGGGGUCGGUGGUGGCACCCCCGGGGCAGAGGGCCAAGAGCCCAUCGUGGUGCUAUCCUCCGAGGCUGGAUGCGCAUCCAGCACGUUAACUGCUGAGGAGGGCGGCGAGCGGAAAGCGGGCGCGGACAGGCAAGCGGCGGCAGACGCCACGGCCAUCUCCAUGGCACUAGUCAGCGUCAGCUCGCCCGACGUCAGCUCCGUGUCCGAGUCCUCUAGUAAGGAGGCGGCUUCCCAGAGGCCUCUAUGUUCUGCGGCCAGUGCCCGUCUGUCCGUCAGCUCUCUGCUGGCUGCCAGCGCUCCCAUGAGCUCCAGCGCCAGCGUGCCCAACCUGUCGUCACGGGAGGCCAGCCUCAUGGAAUCGUUUGUGAGGAGGGCUCCCAACAUGUCCCGCACCAAUGCCACCAACAACAUGAACCUGAGCCGCAGCAGCAGCGACAACAACACCAACACACUGGGACGAAACGUCAUGAGCACUGCCACUUCUCCUCUCAUGGGUGCACAGAGCUUUCCUAACCUCACAACCACUGGUACCACCUCAACUGUUACAAUGUCCACAUCCAUAGUAACCAGCAGCAAUAAUGUAUCCACGGCAACCACAGGUUUGUCGGUUGGCCAGUUGCUCAGUAACACUCUGACCACCAGCUUGACCUCUACGUCUAGUGAGAGCGACACUGGUCAGGAAGCUGAGUUUUCCCUCUAUGACUUCCUGGACAGCUGUCGUGCUAACACGCUAUUGGCCGAGUUAGAUGAUGAGGAGGAUCUGCCUGAGCCAGAUGAUGAUGAUGAUGAGAACGAGGAUGACAAUCAGGAAGACCAAGAGUAUGAGGAAGUUUUGGUACGGUCCAGGGUAAACCUUGGUUUCCACAUUCAUUUUAAUAGGGAAGAGGAAGAGUAUGAAACCAAAGGGGGUCGGCGUAGAACCUGGGACGAUGACUUUGUCCUCAAACGCCAGUUCUCUGCUUUAGUCCCGGCGUUUGACCCCAGGCCAGGCCGGACCAACGUCCAGCAGACCACUGACCUGGAGAUCCCUCCCCCAGGUACACCUCGCUCUGAAGUCCAGGAGGAGGUUGAGUGUGCCCCCUCCCCCCACCUCGCCCUCAUCCUCAAAGUGGCAGGGCUUGGAACCACCCGAGAAGUUGAACUACCUCUCUCCAACUACAAGGGUACUAUCUUUUACUAUGUCCAGAAGCUCCUGCAGGUUUCCUGCAGCGGGAGCAUCAAAUCAGAUAAACUACGCCGGAUCUGGGAACCGACAUAUACGAUAAUGUACAGAGAAAUGAAGGAUUCGGACAAAGAGAAGGAAAAUAGAAAGAUGGGUUGCUGGUCUGUAGAGCAUGUGGAACAAUACCUUGGCACUGAUGAAUUACCAAAGAAUGACUUGAUAACCUACAUGCAGAAGAAUGCAGACUCAUCUUUCCUGCGCCACUGGAAAUUAACCGGCACUAAUAAAAGUAUUAGGAAAAACAGAAAUUGUUCUCAGCUCAUAGCUGCAUACAAGGACUUCUGUGAGCAUGGAUGCAGGUCAGGGGGCUUGAGCCCUGGGUCUCUGGGUGUCAUGCAGACCUGUGACAUCCUGAGUGUGGCCAGGGAGCAGGCCCAGGCCAAGGCUGGCUCCAGCCAGAGCGCCUGCGGAGUGGAGGACGUACUCCAGCUGCUCCGCAUCCUGUUCAUCAUCGGGGGAGACCCCAACGCUCACGCACGCACCUUCCAGGAAGAUGUGGACGACCUCCAAUUCAAUGCAUCGCCUGAGGAAUUCACCAGCAAGAAGGUCACAACAAAGAUUCUUCAGCAGAUAGAGGAGCCUCUGGCCCUAGCCAGCGGGGCCCUCCCAGACUGGUGUGAGCAGCUAACCAGCAAGUGUCCUUUCCUCAUCCCCUUCGAGACCCGGCAGCUGUACUUCACCUGCACUGCGUUUGGAGCUUCCAGGGCAAUAGUGUGGCUGCAGAACCGGCGGGAGGCCACCAUUGAGCGCUCUCGGCCCUCCACCACAGUACGGAGGGACGACCCUGGGGAGUUUAGGGUGGGCCGGCUCAAACACGAGAGGAUCAAGGUCCCCCGUGGAGACCAGAUGAUGGAGUGGGCCGAGAGCGUCAUGCAGAUCCACGCCGACAGGAAGUCUGUUCUGGAGGUUGAGUUCCAGGGGGAGGAGGGCACAGGCCUGGGUCCCACCCUGGAGUUCUAUGCUCUGGUGGCAGCUGAGUUCCAGAGGACUUCCCUGGGUAUCUGGCUCUGUGAUGAUGACUUCCCAGACGAUGAGUCUCGCCAGGUGGAUCUGGGUGGGGGUCUCAAACCUCCAGGCUACUACGUCCAGCGCUCCUGCGGCCUGUUCCCCGCCCCAUUCCCCCAAGACAGUGAUGAGCUGGAGCGCCUCAGCAAACUCUUCCUCUUCCUUGGGGUCUUCCUGGCCAAGUGCAUCCAGGACAACCGCCUGGUGGACCUGCCCAUCUCACGACCCUUCUUCAAGCUUCUUUGCAUGGGUGACAUUAAGAGCAACAUGUCCAAGCUGCUCUAUGCAUCCCGCGGGGGCCCUCUCCUCCUCGAUCCUACCGAGCAGCACCGCCACUUCUCAGAGAUCCAGUCGGAGGCGUCCACGGAGGAGAGCCAGGACACUUAUUCCAUCGGCAGCUUUGACGAGGACUCCAAGUCUGAGUUCAUCCUGGACCCCCCUAAACCCAAGCCCCCAGCCUGGUACCAUGGCAUCCUGAACUGGGAGGACUUUGAACUGGUCAACCCCCACCGGGCCAAGUUCCUGAAGGAGAUGAAGGAGCUGGCGGUGAAGAGGAGGCUGAUCCUAGGGAACAAGAGUCUGUCUGAGGAUGAGAAGAACACUAGGCUGCAGGACCUCAUGCUGAAGAACCCCAUGGGCUCUGGACCCCCGCUUAGUGUAGAGGACCUGGGAUUGAAUUUCCAGUUCUGCCCUUCAUCCAAAGUGCAUGGGUUCUCAGCAGUGGAUCUGAAGCCCAAUGGAAAUGAUGAGAUGGUGACCAUGGAGAAUGCCGAGGAGUAUGUGGAGCUCAUGUUUGACUUCUCUAUGCACACUGGCAUCCAGAAACAAAUGGAGGCUUUCAGAGAGGGCUUUAACCGAGUGUUCCCAAUGGAGAAGCUGAGCUCCUUCAGUCACAAGGAGGUGCAGAUGAUCCUCUGUGGAAACCAGUCUCCUUCCUGGACAUCUGAGGACGUCAUGAACUACACAGAGCCCAAGCUGGGCUACACUCGGGACAGUCCUGGGUUCCUGCGUUUUGUGCGGGUGCUAUGUGGCAUGUCAUCUGACGAGAGGAAAGCUUUCCUCCAAUUCACCACAGGAUGCUCCACUCUGCCCCCUGGUGGUUUGGCCAACCUGCACCCACGCCUCACCAUCGUUCGGAAGGUGGAUGCGGCAGACUCCAGCUAUCCCUCUGUUAACACUUGUGUGCACUACCUGAAGCUGCCAGAGUAUUCCUCUGAAGACAUCAUGAGAGAGCGCCUCCUAGCUGCUACCAUGGAGAAGGGCUUCCACCUCAACUGAGCAUGCUCCGUCUGCCCCAUAAUGACUGACCAACCCCCCUUGCUGGUGAAGCCUGUUGUGAUUUGUUGCAGAAAAAGAAACAUGCUGUGCUCUCUGAGAUCUUCCCCCUUCCUCCCAACCCCACCAAACCUUAAAUCUCCCCCGUCCUUUCCCCCUGAAAACUUUAGGAAGACAGUCCCAUGUUAACUCAAUAGCUACUGAUACAGAUAAGACCAGGGGCAUCCCCCCACCUUCCUCCCCUGUCCUCUGACCCACCUGCUUACUUGUCACAGCUCCCUCCCUCCCCAGGGCACUCUGCUGCUUUAAGGGCUUGAGCAACUGGAAGCCGGGGCAGACAGUUUCCUCAUGUUCUACAGUGUUUACUAUCUCUCUCUCUCAUACUCUGGCUGUGAGCAUCUGUGUACAAGUUCUCUGUAGAUUUUUGGGUUUUCAGAUUGACACCAUCUUCUCUCCAUCACCCGGCUGUCAACCUCCUUCCUUUCCCUGCGUGAUGUGAGGGGAGAAGGGCAUCUGCUUCUGUAGAGCUAACUGUAGUGUUUUGGCAUUUCCUUACCAGGUUAAGGUUUACUAGUGCCUGCAUUGUUUGAAUAUUAGGAUGUUCUUUUUCCUUUUACUUCAUCUAACAUCAUACAAUCAUGAUGCACAUGCUUAUUUUUCCUUUUCAUUUUGCUUUCGUUACUGUGUGAGUGUUUUGAUGUUUAUUACCCUGCUAUAAGGAUCAAAGUCCCUGAGUGCAUUUGUGUAAUUUGACAAUAAAGCUAGAGACAAAAACACUGGUUCUGUGUGCAAGGCACAUUUAAAAAGAAAAAAAGCAAGCUAUGCUUUCCCUUGUAUUUUCUUUGUAUAUUAUAAACAUUUAUUUAACUCAAGUUGCAGUUUGAAGUAAACAGAUAUUUUCAAAUGUGUAUGCUCCGAAAAUAAUCAUUAAAAUGUUUGCAAAGUAUGAAAAGUAUUGUUUAUUUACGUUUAAAAAAAGACCUGAAUAACUUUCCAUGCACAUUAAAGCUCCAAGGCAAAAUGUACGUGUAAUACCACAGUUCAAUCUAUUACUAUAGCUACUGUAUAAAAACAAAUCCCUAUUCUAUGCAAUGGAUUAUUAUUGAUAAACUCAAGUAUGAAGUCCAUAAAUCAUUUGGAUGGCAAUGUGUCCCUUUUUCAAAGGGAAAUAGUCCUGGUUUGUUCAGAUCUAGUGUCCAAAAGCCUGUUUUAGCAUGGACAGCUCAUAAGAGAUCGACUCAUCUUUGUAUUUGUGCAUUAUAGCAUCUGUGACAGCAUGGGCAGCGCCAUUGAGGCUAUCACCAUUUUUAAGUAGUCCGUUUUCUUCACGAUUGGCUGAUCCCUCCUGAUGACCUGGUUGGACAUGAUUUCAACAGGGUCACCAGGAGGGAUCAUCCAAAAAGUUGAAAGUCUCACCCAGUUGAAUACAUUAAAAUGGUGGAAGCCCUCAAUGGCGCUGCCCAUGCUAAUACGGCCUGUUGGACACUAGAGGCCUCUCAUUCUCUAGGGGGCAGCGCCAGUCAGAACUUUCACCAUUUUGAAGUGGCGCCUUAAAGGUAAACUCCACCCUAAAACAAUAUUUUGGUAUUUGUUUAAUUAGUUGACAUUGUCGCAAAAUGUUUUGCUUGUCAGCCAUCAAGUUUUCAAGAUAAGCAACUUUCGUGCCACAUUCAAAACAACUCGGAACUGGGAACUCG